AUGUCAUCAACAGCCAUCGCCACUCGCUCCACGAGCAAGUCACCGAGCUUCUCCACCCCAUUGAAGAAGUCUGCUCAGGUCGUGGACAGCCCCGGCAACUGGAGACACCCGCGCCUUGAAGAGAUCACAAGACGACAGAAUGCCACCGUGUUCAACGAGCGAAACAUCAGAACGAUUGUCUACAAUGUCGGUGCGCUUGCGGCUCUGUGGGUAUUGCAUCUGUUCUCCACACGGCUGGGUCUGAUGCGAUUAUUCACCGGCUCGACGAAGACGGCUCGCUCUCUUGCCGCUGGUCCGACGGAAGGACGAUCUGUCAGACAUUCCGCUCACACCAUCCCAACGCAAACUCCUUGGCUUGCCACCCGCUGCCGCUACAGCAACACCGAACUCGGUAUAUAG